GUCAUGGAUCCUGAACAAAGCGUCAAGGGCACCAAGAAGGCUGAGGGGAGUCCCCGGAAGCGGCCGACCAAAGGAGAGGCUGUUCAGACCAGUGUUUCAGCCGGUGCGCCGUACCCAGGCAGCAGCGCCGCCGCCACCCCCGAAGGCCCCGUGCAAGAGCUCCUAGCCCCGCAGCCCUUCCCAGGCCCCUCGUCGGUUCUUAGGGAAGGCUCUCAGGAGAAAACGGGCCAGCAGCAGAAGCCCCCCAAGAGGUCCUCCAUCGAAGCCUCUGUCCACAUCUCACAGCUUCCGCAGCACCCUCUGACACCAGCAUUCAUGUCGCCUGGCAAACCCGAGCACCUCCUGGAGGGGUCCACGUGGCAGCUGGUCGACCCCAUGCGACCUGGACCCUCAAGUUCCUUCAUGAGUCCCGGGCUCCAUCCUCAGAGCCAGCUCCUCCCUUCCCACGCUUCCAUCAUCCCCCCGGAAGACCUGCCUGGCAUCCCCAAAGUCUUCGUGCCCCGUCCCUCCCAGGUUCCCUUGAAGCCCACAGAAGAGGCACACAAGAAGGAGAGGAAACCCCAGAAACCGGGCAAGUACAUCUGCCAGUACUGCAGCCGGCCCUGCGCCAAGCCCAGCGUGCUCCAGAAACACAUCCGCUCGCACACGGGCGAGAGGCCCUAUCCCUGCGGCCCCUGUGGCUUCUCCUUCAAGACCAAGAGUAACCUCUACAAGCACAGGAAGUCCCAUGCCCACCGCAUCAAAGCCGGCCUGGCCUCGGGAGUGGGCAGCGAGAUGUACCCCCCGGGGCUGGAGGUGGAGAGGAUCCCAGGGGAAGAGUUUGAGGAGCCCACUGAGGGAGAGAGCACCGAUUCAGAGGAGGAAACGGGUACCACGUCCGCUCACCAUGCAGAGCUCUCCCCUAGGCCUAAGCACCCCCUCCUGUCCAGCGGCUUGUACAGCUCUGGGAGCCAGGGUUCUAGCCACGAGCGCUGUUCCUUGUCCCAGUCCAGCUCAGCGCAGUCGCUCGAGGACCCCACUCCAUUCGCGGAACCCUCAUCAGAGCACCCCCUGAGCCAUAAACCUGAAGACACCCACACCAUAAAGCAGAAGCUGGCCCUCCGCUUGAGUGAGAGGAAAAAGGUGAUCGAUGAGCAGGCGUUCCUGAGCCCCGGCAGCAAAGGCAGCACUGAAUCUGGGUAUUUCUCCCGCUCGGAGAGCGCCGAGCAGCAGGUCAGCCCCCCAAACACCAACGCCAGGUCCUACGCAGAGAUCAUCUUCGGCAAGUGCGGGCGGAUUGGGCAGCGGACCACCAUGCUGACGGCCACCUCCACCCAGCCCCUCCUGCCGCUGUCCACCGAAGACAAGCCCAGCCUGGUGCCUUUGUCUGUGCCCCGGACACAGGUCAUCGAGCACAUCACCAAGCUCAUCACCAUCAACGAGGCCGUGGUGGACACCAGCGAGAUAGACAGCGUGAAGCCCAGGAGGAGCUCGCUGUCACGGCGCAGCAGCAUGGAGUCGCCCAAAUCCAGCCUCUACCGGGAGCCCCUGUCGGCCCAUGGCGAGAAAACCAAGCCCGAACAAUCGCUGCUGAGCCUCCAACACCCACCCAGCACCACCCCCCCUGUGCCUCUGCUGAGAAGCCACUCAAUGCCUUCUGCCACCUGCACCCUCAGUACCCCCCACCACACCUUCCGCGGUAGCUACUCCUUCGAUGACCACAUCGCCGAUUCCGAAGCCCUGAGCCGCAGCAGUCAAGUGUUUACCUCCCACCCCCGGAUGCUCAAGCGCCAGCCGGCCAUUGAACUACCUUUGGGAGGGGAGUACAGUUCCGAGGAGGCGGGGCCAAGCAGCAAGGACACAGCCCCCAAACUCGCAGAGGAGCCGGAACCCAAGGAAAGCGAACUCACCAAAAAGACCAAGAAGGGCUUGAAAACAAAAGGGGUGAUCUAUGAAUGUAACAUCUGUGGUGCUCGGUACAAGAAAAGGGACAACUACGAAGCCCACAAGAAAUACUACUGCUCAGAGCUUCAGAUCGCAAAGCCCAGCUCUGCAGGUGCUCACGUGUCUCUGGAAGCCGAGAAGAGUCCGGCCGAGCAUGAGCCCUGGUCCCAGAUGAUGCAUUAUAAACUGGGGACCACCUUGGAGCUCACUCCGCUGAGAAAGAGGAGGAAAGAGAAGAGCCUUGGGGACGAGGAGGAGCCACCUGCCUUUGAGUCGACAAAAAGUCAGUUCGGCAGCUCCAGGCCAUCCGAUGCUGCUCGGAACAUUCCCCCAGAGUCCACCAAGUCACCAGCAGAACCAAGUAAAUCAACGCCCUCCCUGGAGGGACCCUCGGGCUUCCAGCCAAGGACUCCCAAGCCAGGGUCCGGUUCAGAAUCAGGAAAGGAGAGGAGAACAACGUCCAAAGAAAUUUCUGUCAUCCAGCACACCAGCUCCUUUGAGAAGUCAGACUCUCUGGAGCAGCCCACUGGCUUGGAAGGGGAAGACAAGUCUCCGGCCCCGGCCCCGUUCUCAUCGCCCCCACCCGCCCCGCAUGGACGCUCGGCUCACUCCCUGCAGCCCAAGCUGGUCCGCCAGCCCAACAUUCAGGUUCCUGAGAUCCUGGUAACUGAGGAGCCCGACCGGCAGGACACAGAGCCAGAGCCGCCCCCGAAGGAGCCUGAGAAGACAGAGGAGUUCCAGUGGCCCCAGCGCAGCCAGACUCUUGCCCAGCUCCCAGCCGAGAAGCUGCCGCCCAAGAAGAAGAGGCUGCGCCUGGCGGAGAUGGCCCAGUCGUCAGGGGAGUCGAGCUUCGAGUCCUCUGUGCCUCUGUCCCGCAGCCCGAGCCAGGAAAGCAGCGUCUCUCUGAGCGGGUCUAGCCGCUCCGCCUCCUUUGAGAGGGAUGACCAUGGAAAAGCUGAGGCCCCCGGGCCCUCAUCCGACACACGCUCCAAACCCCUGGGCACGCACAUGCUGACCGUCCCCAGCCACCACCCACACACCCGGGAGAUGCGGAGGUCAGCCUCGGAGCAGAGUCCUAACGUUUCCCAUUCUGCCCACAUGACUGAGAGGCGCAGCAAAUCAUUCGACUAUGGCAGCUUGUCCUUGGCGGGCCCUGCUGUGCCGGUGCCAGUGGCUCCAGCAGCCCCAGCAGCCCCAGCAGCUCCAGUGGCCCCUCCAGAGAGAAGAAAAUGCUUUUUGGUGAGACAGGCCUCUCUGAGCAGGUUUCCAGAAACAGAGCCCGAGGCCACCCCCAAGGGAAGACAGGAGAGUGAGGAACCAAAGCCCUCAUCCAGUAAAACUUCGGCCAAAAGCUCACUGCCCCAGAUUUCCUCAGCGGCCACCUCACACACUGGGCACGCGGGAGGCAAGAGCCAGGUGCAGGACAGGCCACCGCUGGGGUCCACCCCGCCCUACACAGAAGCGCUGCAGGUGUUCCACCACCCCAGUGCCCAGCUCCCCCUGCAUGAGAAACCGUGCCUGCCCCCGCCUGUCUCCCUCUUCUCCUUCCAGCACCUCCUGCCGCAUGAGCCUGGGCAGUCUUCAGAAUUCUUCUCCACCCAGGCCAUGUCCAGCCUCCUGUCCUCACCAUACUCCAUGCCCCCAAUUCCUCCCUCUUUAUUUCAAGCCCCGCCACUUCCCCUCCAACCUACUGUUUUGCACCCAGGCCCACUCCACCUCCCCCAGCUCAUGCCUCACCCAGCCAGCAUCCCCUUCCGGCAGCCCCCUUCGUUUCUCCCCAUGCCGUACCCGUCCUCCUCAGCACUUUCUUCUGGGUUUUACCUGCCUCUGCAAUCCCAGUUUGCCCUUCAGCUCCCCGGCGAUGUGGAAAGCCAUCUGCCGCAGAUCAAAACCAGCCCGGCCCCGCUGGCCACGGGAACUGCCGGCCUCUCCCCCAGCACAGAGUACAGCACUGACAUCCCGCUGCCCCCCGUGGCUCCCCCCGCCAGCUCCUCAGCGCCCACGUCAGCCCCUCCGUUGGCCCUGCCCGCCUGUCCAGAUACCAUGGUGUCCCUGGUUGUGCCGGUCCGAAUUCAGACCCACAUGCCGUCCUACGGGAGCGCCAUGUACACCACCCUCUCCCAGAUCCUGGUCACCCAGUCCCAAGGCAGCUCAGCAACUGUAGCUCUUCCCAAGUUUGAGGAGCCCUCAUGCAAAGGGACGACGGUGUGUGGGGCAGAUGUGUACGAGGUCGGGCCCGGACCAGCUGGGAUAAGUGAAGAGCAGAGCAGAGGUUUCCAGACUCCGUACCUGAGAGUGCCUGUGACAGUACCUGAAAGAAAAGGCACUCCCCUGUCAUCAGACAGUGUCUUGAGCCUGGAGGGGAGUUCCUCGACGGUGGGGGGAAGCAAACGUGUCCUUUCGCCGGCUGGCAGCCUUGAACUUACCAUGGAAACCCAGCAGCAAAAACGGGUGAAGGAAGAGGAGGCUUCCCAGGCAGAUGAAAAACUAGAACUGGUAAAACCGUGCAGUGUGGUGCUUUCCAGCACUGAGGAUGGCAAGAGGCCAGAGAAAUCCCCCUUGGGCAGCCAGGGCCAGGGCAGGAGGGAGCUAGAAUUGCUGUCCAGCCUGCCCGCAGAUCCAUCUGACCCAAAGGAAGUUCCUCCCCUUCCUCAUCCCACACGACCCCAUGCGACAGCUCCAGGCUCAGAGGCUUUGAAAGAAUAUGUGCAGCCACCUGACAAACCUCACCGAAGAGGGUUGCCCCCUCUGAGUGUGAAGAAAGAAGAUUCCAAGGAACAACCUGACCUCCCUUCCCUGGCACCUCCCAGCUCGCUUCCUCUGUCCGAAAUGUCCCCCAAACCAGCCAAGUCUCAAGAAGGUACGGACUCAAAGAAGGUACUGCAGUUCCCCAGCCUCCACACAACCACUAAUGUCAGUUGGUGCUAUUUAAACUACAUUAAGCCAAAUCACAUCCAGCACGCAGAUAGGAGGUCCUCUGUUUACGCUGGUUGGUGCAUAAGUUUGUACAACCCCAACCUUCCAGGGGUUUCCACUAAAGCUGCUUUGUCCCUCCUGAGGUCUAAGCAGAAGGUGAGCAAAGAGACAUACACCAUGGCCACAGCUCCGCACCCUGAGACAGGCAGGCUCGUGCCAUCCAGCUCCCGCAAGCCCCGCAUGACAGAGGUUCACCUCCCUUCGCUGGUUUCCCCGGAAGGCCAGAAAGAUAUAGCUAGAGUGGAGAAGGAAGAAGAGAAGCGAGGGAAGCCGGAGGAGGACACUCCUGCCUCCAAGAGAGGGGAGCCGGCGAGGAUCAAAAUCUUCGAAGGAGGGUACAAAUCAAACGAAGAGUAUGUAUAUGUGCGAGGCCGCGGCCGAGGGAAAUAUGUUUGUGAGGAGUGUGGAAUUCGCUGCAAGAAGCCCAGCAUGCUGAAGAAACACAUCCGCACCCACACUGACGUCCGGCCCUAUGUGUGCAAGCACUGUCACUUUGCUUUUAAAACCAAAGGGAAUCUGACUAAGCACAUGAAGUCGAAGGCCCACAGCAAAAAGUGCCAAGAGACGGGGGUGCUGGAGGAGCUGGAAGCCGAAGAAGGAACCAGUGACGACCCAUUCCAGGACUCGGAAGGGCGAGAGGGCUCGGAGGCGGUGGCGGAGCACCAGUUUUCAGACCUGGAGGACUCAGACUCAGACUCAGACCUGGAUGAAGACGAGGAUGAGGAUGAGGAUGAGAGCCAGGACGAGCCAUCGGGACCGUCCUCAGAGGCACCCCUGCCCUGCCCGCCCGCCACGCUGCCAGCAGACUCCUCUCCCGUUCAGGGCCCUCGGCCCCCCGAUGCCACCUCUGGCAGCCAGGCCACGCGGGGCAGCUCAGUCUCGGAAGCAGGCAGUUGCUCCACGUCCAGCCAAAGCAUACUGUGUCUCCCCCGGCUGGGACCGGCCCUUUCAGGCCCCGUGGAGAAGGACACAAGCGCAGCCCUGAGCUCUAAGGCCUUGUCCCCGAGAAGGCCGUGGUCCCCGGGGAAAGAAGCAGGCAGCCGCUCACCACUUGCCCACAAACACCCAUUAACCAAAAGCGACUCAUCUCCCCAGCGACAUUCACCGGCCCGAGAGCCACAGGCCUCAGCCCGGAGCCCACCUGGCUCCCAGAUUGGCCCUCUCCCUUGUGGGUCUCCAAGACUUGAGCUGUCUCCUCUCAUCCCCCACUCCCUGGGAAGGGAACUGCCCCCUCGAGCGCAUCUGCCCCCCGAACAUGAGGGCACCACAGACCCAGCCACCCCCAAACACUCGCCCACCAGGAGACGGUCACCAGGCCAGGCUGAGUCACCGCCACGGUCAGUGCUGCCGGGGAAGUGGGCCUUGGCUGGGCCGGGCAGCCCCUCGGCGGGCGAGUGCGGCCCAAGCUCGGGGCUGGCCCCGCGGGCUCUCUACCGGCCCGCGCCUCUACCUCACAAGCUUCUUGGCAGAAGCCCCGAGACCUGUGCCUCCACACGGCAGAAGGCCGAGUCCCGAAGUCCCUCCUGCUCACCUGGCCCUGCUCAUCCCAUCUCCUCCCGACCCUUCUCCGCCCCCCAUGACUUCCACGGCCACAUCCCAGCCCGGACAGAGAACAUCUUCAGCCACCUCCCUCUGCACUCGCAGCACUUGGCCCGCGCCCCGUGCCCCCUGAUUCCCAUUGGCGGGAUCCAGAUGGUGCAGGCCCGGCCUGGGGCCCAACCCACCCUGCUGCCAGGGCCCACCUGGGUCAGUGGCUUCUCAGGGGGUGGCAGUGACCUGACAGGGGCCAGGGAGGCCCAGGAGCGAGGCCGCUGGAGUCCCACUGAGAGCUCGUCAGCCUCCGUGUCCCCUGUGGCUAAGGUCUCCAAGUUCACACUGUCCUCAGAGCUGGAGGGCAGGGACUACCCUAAGGAGAGGGAGAGGACGAGCGGAGGCCUGGGCAGGCCUCCUGACUGGGAGCCCCGUGCGGCUGGGGCGUCUGCGGAGCCCGCGCCCCCCCACAGCCCCCACAUCCUGCCCAAGGCCUCGCUCCGGCCACCCCAGGGCCGCCAGGCAGAGUCCUGGAGCCCCCGCGUGGAGUCAUCGCACACGUUGGCCAACCCCCCGGCCUCCGCUGCUCCUCCACUGGACUGCAGCAGUUCCGAGGCCACCGCUCGCUUCCCCGCGCGGAGGAGGAACCUCUCUGGGGAACCCAGGACCAGUCAGGGCUCCUCUGAGCCCUCAGGAAGUGGGGGGCCCGGAGCGCCCGCACACCAGCCUGCGGACAGGGGCCCCCUGAGCACCUAGCCUCUCUCCGGCAGCUUCAGCCUCUGGCUUCCGGUGUUCGGCAACAGACGCUUCCAGCCAGCUUCCUCGAGUCAUCUUGCUCCCGUGGGCUCCCCCUCCCACCUGUCCGUGCGUCCCAGCAGCCUCUGCUCAGCCCCCAUCAGUUUAUCUUCUCAUGUAUGCAGUUACCUGUGCCUUUUCUGUACCUUUUGUUGCUUGAAAAGAAACAAACAAAACAUACACACACAUAAAAAAAAAACCCACGAGGAGUUGGAGGCUGUGAAUAUUUUGUGCUUUUUCGAGAAAGGGUAUAGGUGGAGCCUCACCUCCACCCCUGGGGUCGGCAGCCACCCCGCAAGGCUGGCAAGCGGCGGCCAUUUGCUGAGGGAAAGGGGAUGCAC